UUUGUCAAAUGCUAAGCAUUUCUGUAAGAAUUAAGAAAGGAACAGCUAGCUCUCUUCAUUUUGCCAAGGAGUGCCUCCACCACCACACCAUCUUUUAAUAAAGAUUUCAUAUCAUCGCUCAACACUUUCUCUGUCUAAUACUUUUAACAAAUGCAUGUGUAUGCUCUUCUUGUCAUCAACUGAUCUUUCUUUCACUCACUCACUCACUCAAAUGGAGUUCAAUCUUGAAUACCCUUUUGCAAAUUUCCAACACCUUGUCCUGGACGAUGAUGCAGAAAUUUUACCAUCUCUCUUCCUCAUUGAAUCUGAUCACAUGCCUACGCAGGACUAUUUCAAUUCCCUCAAGGGCAGUUCUUCUGAUUUCUCUCUCAGGCAACAGACUAUCUCUUCAAUCUUCCACCUCUGUGACUUCGAUCCGUUUUUAUCUUUUCUUGCUUCCAAUUACCUGGAUCGGUUUUUAUCAAGCCAAGUAAUGCCGCAACCAAAGCCUUGGAUGCUUAGGCUUCUUGCAAUCUCUUGCGUGUCUCUGGCGGCAAAGAUGAGGAAAUCAGAGUUUGCUCUCACUGAUUUUAAGGGUGAUGGUGGACUAAUAUUUGACACACAAACAAUAAAGCGAAUGGAGUAUCUCAUCUUGGGAGCUCUGAAAUGGAGAAUGCGUUCAAUUACUCCCUUUUCUUUCCUCUCCUUUUUCAUUUCCCUGUUCAAACUCAAAGACCCACCAUUAAAACACACUCUUAAAGCUCAUGCAAGUGAAAUCAUUUUCAAAGCUCAAAGUGAUAUCGGGAUUUUAGAGUUCAAGCCAUCAAUUAUCGCUGCAUCGGCUCUUCUCUCUGCCUCUCGCGAACUUUUUCCUUCCCAAUUCUCUUGCUUUAGAAAGGCAAUUUCCAACUGUUCAUACGUAAAUAAGGAAAAGAUGUUGGAGUGCUACAAUUGCAUAGAAGACAUAGUGAUGGAUGGAUACGAGUCAGGGAUUGAAACGGUGUCCAGCUCGGAGACGCCAGUCAAUAUACUUGACCGGCGAUUUUCAAGCUCAGAAAGUGAUAAGACUCUUGGGUCCACCACCACCAUCACAACUUCCAAUACUGAGCAUAGCCCAGAGAGAGAUGCCAAGAGGAGAAAAAUGAAUGCUUUCUGUGGCAAUCACAGUAACCAGCUUUCCCAGACCCAACAGUGCACCGCUGAUGCAACUGAUUUCUAAAGUUAAUCAAUCUCCUGGUCCAUUGAGAGUGACCGUAGCUAGCUACUAAGCAGCUGCUUCAAAUAAACAAUUAUUAUUAAACAAAAAAAAAAAGAAGAAAAUGGGCAAGAAGUUGAUGUUUCAUGAACAACAAAAUCACUGCUACAAGAUCUCAGUACGACCCAUUUGCUGUGUUAGCUAAAAGAAAACAUACAAGAAAGAGAAUAGAAAUUUUGUUUUCUAAGAAGCUAGAGCUGGCGCAGCAGCAAACAGAAACAAAAAUUUUCCUUUGAAUUGUAGGGGUUCAAUUUCGGUGUCUCAGUUUUGGCUUUAGUAUGCUUAUGUCUCGUAGUUUCUGGCUGAAGAAUAAUAACACAGUGAUUGUACGUUAAAACAAUAAUAAAACAAUAAUUUUCUCGGAA